CAACCUCUUGGCAACGCCGGAAUUCAAGAAAGAUGGAGCAGCCGUUGUGACAACUGUUGGAGUUGUUUCGCUCCUUCUGACACGGAGGCGCUUUCAAACUUUCAACUAGUUAGUAGAGCUGCUCGCGCAUACGCGAAGCCGAGCUCGAUUCAACAGGAGAAGUGUGCUUGAUUCUCACUUUCGUCCUUCGUUUAGUGUAUCAAAAUUGAAGAGACAACACAGAGCAGCAGAAAAGUGCUUUCUUAUACACCACUCAAGGUGGAAAUUUUGUGUGUUUGGUGACAACGCCUGUUGCUACAUCGAAUCGCCUAUCAAGAUAAAGUUGAACUGUGACUCUUCGUGAUAACCCGUGACCAAUGAACCGGUCGUUGUGAAGAGCUUACCCUUAUUCUGACACCGUCGUCGUUGAAGGACGUUUCUGGCCACCAGAAUGUCGAGGCAGGACAAAAAGGGCAAUUUUCUGGACAAAAUGGGCUUCGGCUGGUCCAAAAAGUCCGGACGGGGACAGAUGGGCGGCGCCCCCGGGACACUCUCCCGUCCUCACUCCGAGGUCGACUUCUCCGAGAUGGACGAAAAUGCACAUAUGGCCAUCGACAACAUGAGCGAAGACGAAGUCAAUGCCGCCUUCGAGAAAAUGCUGGAUGACAUGAAUUUAUCAGAGGAGAAAAAAGAGCCGUUGCGAUUGCAGCCAAACUUUCGCAAAAAGGAAAUGUUGGCCAUGCACAUGAAGGGCACAGUCCAGAAACAUCGGAAUCGAUUUGACACACCACAAGAUUACAUAUUUUAUCUGAGCAACCCGGACUUGAGCGUUCACAAAAUCUACACCUGCAUGGAGUCAUUGAGAAUCGCCCUGACAAAUAACCCUCUGACGUGGGUCCAUGAUUUUGUCUGCGAGGGCUUAAACCAAGUUCUGACUAUCCUCAACGAAUGCUACAGAAGGGACCAGAGAUGGGACAGGGUCCAACACGAGUGCAUCCGGUGCUUGAAAGCUAUUUCCAACAACAAAGUCGGUCUCAAGAAGCUCUUUGAACACCGAGAGGCGUUGACUCUUCUAGCCCGAUCCUUCGUUCCGUCCUUACCGGCCGUUAUGGUCGAGGCCGUCAAGCUGAUGGCCGGUAUCUGUUUGGUGCCGCCGGAAGGACACGAGCGUGCGCUAGAGGCCAUUACCACCAGUGGCGAGCUGAAGAGCAUCUCCCGCUUUCAGCCCAUUAUUGAAGCGCUGUCGAAUAUGGAGAAUGACACACUAACGGUGGCUUGCGUCCAGCUGAUCAACACCAUUGUGCUCACCCCAGAUGAUUUGGACUUUCGACUACAUUUGCGUAAUGAAUUCAUGAGAGUGGGCCUCGCCGAUCUUAUCGAUAAACUGGGUCAGCGGGACAGCGUGGACUUGCAGCUGCAGUUGAAAGUUUUUGAGGAGCACCGCGAUGAGGAUUUCUACGAAUUUGCCCAGCGUUUCGACAAUAUACGCAUGGAUCUGGAUGACACUGUGGAAUGUUUCGAAGUACUUCGCAACUCUGUUGUAGAAACGCCCAGCGAACCCUUUCUACUCUCUAUUCUCCAGCAUUUGCUUUUCAUUCGGGACGACCCCAAUGUCAAGGUUUCGUAUUACAAACUCAUCGAAGAAUGUAUUGCUCAAGUCGUCUUACACAAGAGCGGAUGCGAUCCGGAUUUUUCUGCUACAAAAAGAUUUCAGAUCGAUGUAGAACCUCUUAUCGAAACCCUUUCUGAGCGUGCAGCGAAGGAUGGAGAGCCUAGGGUAGAUGAAGUCAAUAAAAAAUUGGAAGAAGCUCUUACUGCUAAGCAAGAAUACGAAGCCAAAUUGGCGGCAGCAAGUCAACGGAUUGCGGAGCUCGAGAGCUAUUUGGCUGGAGGCAAAGGAUCGAUGCCUUCCAAACCUCCUCCCCCUCCCCUAGCUAUGUACGGUGGAGGUGGCCCUCCACCACCCCCACUUCCCGGAAUGGGUGGACCUCCCCCGCCACCUAUGCCAGGUAUGGGUGGUGGACCUCCUCCGCCACCGAUGCCCGGCAUGGGAGGGCCUCCCCCACCCCCAAUGCCCGGUUUCGGCGGGCCACCCCCACCUCCGAUGCCAGGCAUGGGUGGACCUCCGCCGCCACCUCCGCCUCCUGGAAUGGGAGGGCCAAGACCUCCACCCGGUGGAAUACCAGGGAUCGGUCCUCCGCCCGGUAUGCCGGCUACACCGCCCAGGCCAGAUAUUCUGCCCUUUGGUAUGAAGCCCAAGAAAAAAUGGCAGUUGGAAAUGCCUCUGAAACGAACUAAUUGGAAAACGAUUCAACCGCAAAAACUCUCUGAAAAGGCGUUUUGGGUCAACGUGGAAGAAGAUCGGCUUGAAUCGCCCGAUCUCUUGGAUGGCCUGAGCGCCAAAUUCUCUUCCAAACCUCCUGCCAAAAAAGCACGAGAAGGAGAUUCAGAUAAGCCAAUGAGCAAAAAAUUCAAAGAACUAAAAGUGCUCGACGGGAAGUCUGCGCAGAAUUUGUCGAUUCUUUUGGGUGGGUCUCUCAAGUACUUAAGCUACGAUGACAUCAAGCGAGCAAUUCUCCACUGCGACGAAACGGUGCUAUCCGACAGCGUUUUGCAGCAAUUAAUCCAGUACAUACCCACGCCUGAACAGCUGAAGAAACUCGAAGAAUAUAAAGAGCAAUACGAUAACUUAGCCGAAGCGGAACAGUUUUCUGUUACGCUGGCAAGUAUCAAAAGAUUAGUGCCACGCCUCAAAUCCAUCAGCUUCAGACAACACUACAAUGAGAUGGUCCAGGACAUAAAACCAGAUAUCGUCGCUGCCACUUUGGCAUGUGAAGAGAUUAGAGAUAGCAAGAAAUUCGCCAAACUGCUGGAACUUGUUCUCCUAAUUGGCAACUACUUGAAUACGGGAACCAAAAACGCCCAAGCUGUCGGAUUUGAAAUAUCAUACCUUCCCAAGUUGACUAGCACGAAAGAUGCCGAGAAUAAAACGACGUUGCUCCACUAUUUGGUAGACGUGAUUGAAGAAAAGUUUGCCGACAUUCUCAACUUUAGCGAAGAGGUCGUCCACGUUGACCGGGCGUCCCGCGUCUCGAUGGAUACGAUCCAGAAAACGCUGAAGCAAAUGGAUAGCUCCAUAAAGAACUUGGAGACUGACCUAAAGAAUGCCAAAGCAGCCGUGUCAGAAGAGGACAAGUUCUUGGAAGUCAUGGGUAAUUUUGCCAGAGAUGCUCGUGAACAGUGUGACGUCUUGCAACGGAUGGGCAAGAAAAUGGAAAAGGUCUACUUGGAGCUGGCUGAAUACUUUGUAUUUGACCCGCAAAAGUAUACCUUGGACGAAUUUUUCACGGACGUCAAAACUUUUAAAGAUUCGUUCAACCAAUGCUACAAAGAUAAUUGCAAGCUGCGUGAAACGGAAGAGAAGAUCCGACGAGCGCGUGAAGCCAAGGAGAAAGCCGAACGGGAGAAACUUGAACGCCAAGCCAAAAAGAAGGCACUGGUCGACAUGAAUAUCGACGACGAUCAAGAGGGCGUUAUGGACUCUCUGUUGGAGGCUUUGAAGACUGGUUCUGCUUUCUCCAGAGACCAGAGACGGAAACGAGAUCGACCCCCUCGUGCGGUCGGAGCGGAACGCCGUGCGCAAAUGAAUCGCAGCCGGUCCAAAGGAGCACUCCUAGAGUCCCCUUCAUCUCGGGAAAUGAAAGGGACAUUCGGUGACGAUAGACCUCUAGCUCCGGUCAUAACUGAUGAUUUGACAGAUGGUCUGACCAUGAAAGCGCCUCGCCCAAGAAAAACACGGAACAACCUUCCACCACCAAAGUUCGACAUGGCUGCCGAGUUACUUAUGAGUGGAGGCCGAGAAAGGGAAGUGAAGCUCAAUAACGGAGGUGGAUACGUGGCUGGCUCUGAUGACGGAUCAGAGGCCGAUCGACUAAUGCAACGAUUAAAAGCGCUUUAACAAAUCUUGUCUCCCAGAUACUUGCUCCAUUCCACUGCCAACGCAGUAAUAAGUAUUUUUGUUCCAAAAUCUGAAGUUUGAACGCUAUAAUCGCGCCUUGUUUUGUGCUGUACAUGUUUCCACAAACAUCUCUAUCUGCUUCAGAAAAUGUGCCAUUACGUUUGUUCGCUGUGCGUCGCUAUCAUUCCGUGAGAUCUUCCAAAGGGGUUGAAUACUGGUCUAUGGGCAUUGGAUUUUACUGGGUUCUCAUUUCAUCUUUCCAGAGCCAAUUCGGGCGAUUGACGAAGUGAGCCCAUAAAUGUGAAAGACCUUGAUUUUAACGUUUGUCGUCAAAGCUGCAACCAUCCUUGCAGUUGGGACUUGGGAUCUUGCUGACGUUUGUGUAUGUAAUAUAUGCCUGCCUAUCAGUCUCUUAACUUUGUUACGCCUUGGUUUGAGGCAUUCGGUUCACAUCGAAUAUGCUUCUGUUUGCCUGCUGUACUAAAAAAAAAAAAUAUGACUAUGAUUUAUCAUGA